AUGUUAGGAAUGCCAGACUUCAAGAAACCAUUCAUCAUUCAGGCCAAUGCUUCAGACAUUGUAAUUGAAGCAGUAUUCCUACAAGAAUAUGAAGAUAGACUGUUUUCUCUAAUGUAUGAAUCCAAGGAGAAGGAAGAUUUAACGCCACUGAAGGAAGAAUUAAGUGGACUAAUAGAAAAGAUAAAGACACAGAUUAUUCCUCUCAGAUCCAGCUGGGUUAUGGCCACAUGCUUUGCUCACUCCGGAAACUAUGUGGCUGUAGGAGGCAUGGACAACAUGUGCACAGUCUAUGAUGUGAAUAACAGAGACAAUACAGGUGUGGCUAAAUUGAAAAGGGAGCUGGCAGGUUAUGAAGGAUUUCUUUCUUGUUGCCGUUUUCUUGAUGACGGAAAACUCAUUACAGGUUCAGCUGAUAUGAAAAUCUUAAUCUGGGAUCUCGAGAAAGGAGUGAAAGAAAAUGAAUUUUUCGGCCAUCAGGGAGACGUGAUGACCAUGUCUCUUCAUCCAGAUAGGAACACCUUUGUUACUGGUUCUGUGGACAGAUCUGCUAAGCUAUGGGACAUACGAGACGCUCAGUGUCAACAAACAUUCUGGGGUCACGAGUCUGACGUCAACUCUGUCUGUUUUCACAGUAGUGGAUUUGCUUUCGGAACUGGGUCAGACGACAAAACAGCUCGGAUGUUCGAUAUUCGAGGGGACCAACAAAUUGGAAUAUACAAACCGCCGACUCCAAAGAGCGGCUUCACGUCCUGUGUUUUGUCCAACAGCGGCCGUCUAAUAAUAUGCGGUUCCGACGACUAUUCAAUUCAUAUCUGGGAUACGCUUCGUUCAGAGCAUAAUAGUAGUCUUCCAGGGCAUGAAAAUCGCGUUACGUCCAUAAGUCUCCCUGACAACGGAAUGGCGCUAGCGUCCUGCUCAUGGGAUACAGUAGUCCGUAUUUGGAAUUGAAGAAAUAUCAAACGACGAGACUUUCAAUGUACACCAAGAGAGGACAGCACUAUAUCAAAGUUAUAAUGAAACCAACUGUGUGUUACGUUUAACAUCUGCUUACUCUUAGUUUGAGCCAUUAAAAAAAAAUCUUUGUUUAUAUACUCUUCCAAUCCUUCAGUAAAGUAUGUGCAUAUAGACUUCGAUUUUAGCAUCCCAUAACGCCUUCAAGUCUGAAAAUCACUAACUUCAGGGUUCUUUACUCCUGUACAUUUGUAGAGUCUCGUGGCUGUUGAAAAACGAGAUUUUGACAAAUAAUAGAAACAUUAAAGGAAAAAAUAGCAAUAC